AUGGGCAAACGCAAGCAAAUCAAAGACGGCGACGUUAGCAUGGGCGGCACCGACGCGGCCGGCGACUCCUCAGACGAAGACAUCGACAUGGUCAACGUCGACUUCGAGUGGUUCGACCCGCAGGAGGUCGACUUCCACGGCAUCAAGAACCUCAUCCGCCAGCUGUUCGACGUCGACGCGCAGGAUCUCGAUCUCUCGGGGCUAGCGGAUAUGAUCCUGGCGCAGCCGCUGCUCGGGUCGACGGUUAAGACGGAUGGGAAGGAGAGCGAUCCGUAUGCGUUUCUGAGCGUGUUGAAUUUGGCGGAGCAUAAGGAAAAACCCGCCGUCAAGUCCCUAACUGCAUACCUUCAGCGCAAAGCAGCCGCCACACCCUCCCUCUCCCCGCUCGCGACACUGCUUUCGCAGACGCCGACCCCGCCCAUCGGACUCAUUCUGACUGAGCGCCUCAUCAAUAUGCCCUCCGAGGUUGUCCCGCCGAUGUACACGAUGCUGCAGGAGGAGAUCGCCUGGGCGAUUGAGGAGAAGGAGCCGUAUAACUUCUCACACUACCUGAUUGUAUCGAAGACGUAUGAGGAGGUCGAAUCGAAGCUCGACGCCGAGGAGACGCGGCCGCAGAAGAAGAAGAAGAAGGGCACGGCCGAAAAGGGCGAGCGCUUCUUCUUCCACCCUGAGGAUGAGGUGCUGGAGCGCAAUGCGCUUUGUAAGGGUGGGUAUGAGUAUAGUCAUUCGCAGGAUGAGGGGCGGAGUGAUUCGAAGCGGGCGUUUCAGGAGCUGGGGAUUAAGACGGGGGGGAGUAUGAUUCUUAUUGAGGCGGGGAGGUUUGAGGGGGCUGUUAAGGAGAUGGCGGAGUAUAUGGGUGUUGGGGCGCAGUAG